UCACUUGAAACAAUAAAUGCAACUUAUAUCAGAUUCAGUGUUAUCCUCAAGUCAAGCUUUUAUCGCAAAAGUUUUUUUUGUCACAUUUUCCUUUGUAGGUUCUCACUUGGUUUGAUAAUAAACUCAACAACUCUCCCAGUUUACUCACUCAUCUUCCGUUGGAAGCUGACUUUUUAUCGAGAUACUCACUCAUCACUUCCCUAGUUGUGCCAAUAUUGUCAACAGACAAAGGUUUUAAUUUUUCAGUGAAACAGUCAAAGUAAAAAAAGUCAAUCAAUUUGUUGCUUCUCCAUAAAACAACAUCAAUAACAAUAAGAUAACUUUUUGUUUAGUUUCAUCAACAGCAAACAUUUGGUGAUUACCAAUCACAUUGUGGACUCUAUUUUUACCCAACUUUUAAUGUUACCUUUUCACAAGUCGAGAUACAACUUAUCUGGUUAAAUCCUGUUUCUCAUUCAAUCAUUCAGAUAAUCAUUUAGUCAACUGUCAACAUGGAAAAUCAAGUUAAACAUGAAUUUACCGAAGAAAAUGAUGUUCCAUUGAAUUUGUGUAAACACAAGGAUGGUUCACGGAAAAGACCCCUGGAAGAUGAUAGUCACCCUUCAUCUAUCUUUUGUAGGCCUAAGAUUUUGGCUAAUAUUUCAUCUAAUCCUGUUACUCCUUUAUUUUCACCUCGAUCAUUAAUUAAUUCAGUUCGUUCUCAUCCUUAUCUGUCUUCUGUGUCAAAUCAUGGUGUAACAAUAAACACUAAUCAAACAACAACAACAGCCGGUUCAUUGUUUCCCUAUCGUAAGGCGCAUCCAGUGGAAGAGCAACAUGUGGUUGAUUAUAUUAAAGGAAAGGUUGAUAAUGAGGAUCAUGAGGAGGACGAUGGUGAUUUGACUGACCAAUAUGUCGACUAUCGAUUCACCAAUAGCUGUUCACCUGAUCAAAAUGUUGACCUGAUUCGCGAUUACCGUCAUGCUGACCAUUACAGCAAGACUUUAUUUACUACCUCUUCUAAUAAAGUAAAUGAUCUACGUCAACAACCUUCACCUUCAUCUUCUCCUCUCUGUUCAUCUUCGUCUUCCUCAUUUUCAUCUUCCUCAUCGUCUUCCCUAUCACCUUCACCGUCCCUCCUGAUUGCCGAUAAUUUGCAUAAUUUGAAACCUCAUCAAACCAAUUUCUUAAUUCAAAGUAUAAUCCAACAAAAUGGUGAUACUCCAGUUGCCUUUCCAUUUUAUCUUCCAUCAAGUCAUCAUCAUCAUCACCACCAUCAAUCACAAUCAAUAUCAUCCUCUUGUGAAGGAUCAAUAAAAUUAAGUACCAAGGAUGGAAUUAAAAAUUCUCAGAAUGAAUUACCUCGAGCUCAUAUCAAAAGACCAAUGAAUGCCUUUAUGGUUUGGGCCAAAGAGGAACGUAAAAAAAUCUCCAAAUUAUAUCCAAAUAUGCAUAAUUCAGCCAUUUCAAAGCUUCUAGGAGUUCGCUGGAAGUCAAUGCCUUCAACUGAGAAGCAACGUUAUUUUGAUGAGCAAUCUCGCCUUAAUAAACUUCACAUGGAAAAGUAUCCAGAUUAUCGUUACCGUCCUAGGCCUAAACGAACCUGUGUCUUUGAAGGACGUAAAAUGAAGAUAUCAGCUUUGAAACAAUUGAUCAAACAAAACAACGGAACUGUUGGUUAUGUAUGAAACCAGGAUCAAUAUUUUAUGUUUAUCGCAUCUCUCUGAACAUAUCUUUAAAUCAAAUCACAUUGAAAGAGUCAAAGGAAUUCCAGUUGUACGGAAAGAAAUAGAAACCUUGUGCAAAGUCAUUAAAUUAAUGCUGUUCAAAUUUAGCCUUUUGUCCAUCCAAAUAUGAACCAUGUUAAGAUACCAAAUAUCAUGAAAAUGAUUGUUACUAUUGUCCAUAGAAAACUAAUCUAAUCAUGUGCAAAGUCAAUUGUUAUUUAAAAGAAAUAUAAAUUUUUCUUUGCAAAA